AUGCUGCAAGCAGAUGAGUUGCAGCGGCGCCUGGCUUUGCUUCUUCCCAACGACUUUCAAGAGCAGCACCUGCAACCUUUGCUCUCGGCAAUCUUCCAGGCUCCGCCAGAAUCUCCUGUGGGUGUGGCGGAGAAUGAGAUGUUCUCGCUGCGAUACGGCGCUCAGGGAGGCUCCGGCGCAUUUGAGGCAUCCGCCGGACUGGCACAGCAUUGGCUUGCCUGCUACCCGAUUUUUCAAACCGUGCUUGCAAGCCGGUUUUUGCAACGAACUGACUGUCUAGCGAAGGUUAGAAAAAUAACUCAGCCAAGCAGCCAGGCCUGCCUUGACACGGCCACGCCAGGCACUGCAGCCUCACAGCAGCCAGCCGCCCCAAGCGAAGCCUGA